AUGGCCGGCCCACCAUCAUACCCCGCCAAUACCAAUCUCACAUCCAACCCACCACCCCCGUCGAUAUCAUCACAGUCCAACACAGCAUUCACACCAAGCGCAACCUCAAUCGCCGACUCCUCCGACAAUGAAUAUGAGCCAACCCCCGUCCACAGCCCAGGAGGCCCACAAUAUGAAGAUUUGCCACCAUCCUACGACGAGGCCCGCGACCAAGCCAACCACGACACCCGUCAUGGCAUCGCGCCUGUAGACCCCAGCCAAAUCGAAGCCCACCGCAUCACCACCAACGAAGGACCAAACGAGCCAGAAAUAUGGGAGUACCGCGUAAGAGGCGAAGAAACAGAUCCCGCAAGUGAACAGGAACGCGCACCAGACUAUGCGAAUCACACAAACGACAAGGCCACCAGUGUUCCAGUCCAGCAUGUCAGUACGAGUGAGAAUAUCGCUGUGGGAAGGGUUCAUAACGAACCUGCUUCUUCGUCGAGCAAAGAGAAACAGUCCGAUCUAGCUUCUGACCUGCUCACCCAAGCCUUAGAGUUCAGCCGUGAAGAACCAGAUGCGAGGGCGCAGUAUGCACCGCAUCUAAACCGCAUCAUCGCGAUACCCGAGCAUGCAGGACCAGCAAGACGUGCAGACGAACACGUAUAUUUCUUAGUUGCGUACGCCGAAGUGUUGGACCGGCAUUCCAUCAAGCCAGCCGAGUUUGCCGACUUCCUGUACGGUCUACAAGUCCUGACCACAGCGGCGCACACGACGGCCGAAGACUUGCUACACGAACCGUCCCAUCAAGGACUCUCUUCCAGCAUCGUACACGACUACAUUCGAGGAGCGAAUGAAGCCUUCUUCGCGCCAAGAGGCCUGAUUGUGUCAUUCCGCAGCGAGACUGCGCUUCUAGACACGCUACCCAUUCCAGCGGGCCACAAACCCAGCGUCCUCGCCAACCUGGCCGAUAAGACUGCAACGGCUGAAUGGCGGGCAAGGCAAUUAUACCCCUGGAUCGAAGCUCUCGACGCUGACGCCGUGCCGCUGCCGAGCGAGAGAGUGCUUAAAUUGCAUGAGAUGAGGGAACAUUUCUCAGGUCCGACGACGGCUACUGGCUCGCCUGACUAUGCUGGAAACAGCGGUCUUGGAUCUGCUGGUGCACACGAAGACCCACCUCACUCCAUCCCCGGACCUCCAGAGGAAUCCUCACACGCACAUGGUCGACAUGGACGAGGCGCCCAUCAUCCCCGCGGCAGACGAGGCGGUCACUGGUCGCCGUUUGGUAUGCCAGGUCAUGGCCCCUUUGGUGCACCCGGCAACGGUCCUUUCGGCCAGCCCGGCAACGGCCCCUUCGGGCGCGGCGGUCGAGGAGGACCAUUUGGACCUCGCGGCAACGCCUUCUUCGGUAGAGGAGGCUGCUCCCCUCGCGGUGGACGCGGACGCGGACGUGGACCACCACAGUCCGCGAACGAAUGGGCGGAAGUAGGCAAAGAAUUAGGCAAGAUUGGGGAGCAAUUCGGUAGACAUAUGGGUGAUUUGGGUGUGGAGAUUGGGAAGCGGGCGAGUGCUUUUGGGGUGGAGGUGGGGAGGAUGGCUGGGGGGAAUGUUGGUGGAAGUGGAGGUGGAAAUGCAGGUGCAAGUGUGAGUAUGAGUGGCAAUGGAGGGUCUACUACCUCAGGUCCUGCCUCGUACGAACAAGUCCACGACGACCUCCCACCUGCUUAUGCUGCACCGCCAGGACAGGAGACGGGCGUGCUAUAUGGCGAUCGUAAAGUCGAUACGGGGUACCCGGCCGAUACGAAGGAUAAGGGGAAAGCUGCAGUCAGGGACCUGGAUGACGACGAUGAUACCUCUUCCCUCUCAUCUGAUAGUUCAGACUCAGAUUCAGACUCCUCGGAUUCAGACUACGACUACGACCCCGACUCCGACUUCACCCCCGCCACAACCCCCAAAGCCCAAUCCCUCAAGCUCGCACGCCGCCAGAUCAAACAACGGAACCGCCAACUCAAAAAGGACCACAAAGCCAAGAAACGCGAACUCAAAGCCAAACACUCCUCCCUAUCAACAACAGAAAAAAGCAAAGGCAAAGGAAACGCGACGAAGAAAGCGAAGAGGGAUCCGAAAUGGAAAGCUGCGAAGAAAGAGUAUAAAGCGCAGAGGAAGGAGUUGAAGAAGGAGAGAUUGGCUGUGAAGAAGGAGUGGCGAGAGGCGAGGGAGGAGAUGAAGAGGGAGAAGAGGGGGGUGAAGGGUAUGGCAGCUGGAGGGAUGUCGAGAGGAGGGGUUGAGAAAGCGGGGGAAACAGGAGCAGGAGGGAAGGAGGGGGUCUGGUUGGUGAUUGAGAAUUUGGCGCCUUAA